AUGAUUCUUUUUGACAAAGUUGCUCUACCAGAGUAUGUGACCAAUUUGUGGCAAUGGGAUAUCGAGUGGGAAGAGGAGAAUCCUGACUACCGCUGCCUUCUCGGUCGUGCACAUGUUGUGAACGCUGCCAAAGUCCUUCUAUGGUUCGAAAUAUUGGUCAUACCACUCUAUUUGAUCUUCCUCUUCCCAUGGUGGAUUUUCUUCAUAGUGCCCCACGUCGUCAUUAUCGUGCUCACUUUGUACGCGUUGAAAAAGGAGAAGCACAGAUGGAUGUGGCCAAUUAAUCUCUAUGCGGUGAGUGCCUUUCUUCUUUAUGAGGUUUUCUUGAAGUUGAAGUGUAUUUGCCAAUACAAUUUUGACCUCCGUUUUCGACAAGACUUCCAGUGUCAUGUAUUCGAUUCGCUGCGUUGUAACACUUGA